AAGGAUAAUUGUAUCACCAAGUAAAAAACAUACCGUUUAUGGUAUCGCGCGGUAUCAAUUCGGUGCCAAUGUCCUUGCUUUCCGCCGGCAGAAAAGUCCAAAAAGGAACUUUGCCGCCCCACCGCACGUACUUGAGACAAAACCUUGAGCUUGGUCGUAUGCGGGUCUCGCAACGUCUGGUAUUACAAAGUUCAGACUAAUCUUUUGUGGGUUUCACAAUCAUGUCUGGAACCGCCGACGUAUUCGAUGCCAACCCGUACGAAUCGCACCCCAGUCUGACCGCGCUGGAGGCCAAUGUUUUGUGGGAGUACGCUAAACUAUCGCAACACGUCAAAGAUUUGACCGUCACCACGAGACAACUAUCCGAGGGACCAGAUGAGAAUCUUAUCGCGCGUUUAAGAGUGUUGGAGAGAAAAAUGGGCUUGGUCUUGACCUUGUUCAAAGCAUCAGUCUGGGGCGUCAUCAACGAGCAGCCUGUUCAAGAGAUCGAGGGUGGAUACGCGUACGCGAUGGAUGACACUACCCAAAGAUGAUACUGAUCCAAAAGAGUUUCGUGCACACUUACAUACCACAU